AUGUUGUUUCCCAGACCCAAACGGACCGCUGCCCCCGGCGUCAAGAUUUGCUUCAAUGACAACAGUGACGCAGGGCGUCGUAUAUUCUACAUCGAUAUCAAGGAUGUGAGAAAAUGGCGAGACGCGUUCAAGCCACAGAGGCUUGAUAUCAAAGCAGACCGAAGGCGUCAAAACACCCGCACAUCAACGGGUCAACGGGCCAUCGCCAACAGCUCCUUCGUUAUUUGCAACCAAAAGGAUACGCCCACUCCAGAACGCGAGCCAGAAUCCAUGGGCAGUGAAUCACCAUGUGACUCCCUGAUUUUCACAAGGGAGAAAAUGGAUCUUUUUGGAGACACGAAAUACAAUGGCACAGUUGAUACCGAAAUGAUUGCAGAACGGGCCAAGACCGAAAGGAUCCUCGAAGGGCAGAGCGAUGGACCCAGUGAGCUUCCUGCUUACCAUCCCAGCCAACGAGCAUUUCUCAUUGUUCGGAAAUUGAGGGGCCGUUUCCUGGUUACCUGUUCUGUACGAAACAUUAAUGCUUGCAGCCACGCGGAACUCCUGAAGCUCAUGUGGCAGAUGGAGAUGAACGGAUGGAACGACAUGAUCUAUGUCACCCAGAAGGACGAGGAGGUCCCUUACCGCAUCGAAAGUAAGGAAAAAACCGAAGUGUUGGAAUGGGGACGCUUUGAAGAUGACUAUGAGACUCCACCGAUGCCAGCUAACGAGGCCAGGAGAGUUGAGAAGUCCUCAAUAGGCCUUCAGACUGGUUGUUCUUGA